AUGGCGGCGGGCGGCGGGCGGCGGCGCGGCGGCAGCCGGGGCUUUGGGGCAACCCGCAGCUCAGCAGCGUCGCCGCCUCCGCUCCUCCCUCCCCUCCUCCUCCUCCUCGCCCUUCCCGGAGGCACCGCGGUGUGCGGCGGCGGGGAAAGCGUGAUCCUGGGCAUGAGGUUGGAGGAGAGCACCAAACCGGCGGCUCCUACGAGAGGCCCGAUCCGCGUAACGGAGGGCAGCGAGCUGCUGCUUCGCCUUUACGGCUGGGGGCUGGGACCGGGCACCGGGCAACGCGUGGCUUUCGCCGAGCUCCGCCCGGCCGGCAACGCCUCGACGCCCAACGGGACGUGCCCGGAGCGCUCGCAGGACCUGGUGGUGCAGGGCCUGGUGGGUUCCGAGGCUGCUGGAGGCUCUCAGGACACCUCGGCUCUGCUCCGAGUCCGGGUGCAGCCCCUGCGUAAGGACGAGCAGGCCAAGACUUACGUGCUGUGCACGCAGAGAAAGCCCGGCUUGCCUUGGUUGCCUCACCAAGGAGCCGACGGCCACAUCGUGGUGGUGGAGGAGAAGAAAUCCCUGCUGCCCCUUUGGCUGCAGGUGAUCCUCAUCGUGGGGCUGUUGGUGCUGUCGGGGAUUUUCAGCGGGCUCAACCUCGGUUUGAUGGCGUUGGAUCCCAUGGAGCUGCGCAUCGUGCAGAACUGCGGCACCGACAAGGAGAAACGUUACGCCAAAAAGAUCGAACCCAUCCGGAGGAAAGGGAAUUACCUGCUGUGCUCGCUGCUGCUGGGCAACGUGUUGGUCAACACCACGCUCACCAUCCUCCUGGAUGACCUCAUCGGUUCGGGCAUCGGCGCCGUGGUGGCUUCCACCAUUGGCAUUGUCAUCUUUGGGGAGAUCGUCCCCCAGGCGCUGUGCUCGCGGCACGGUUUGGCCGUGGGUGCCAACACCAUCGUGGUCACCAAAUUCUUCAUGCUGGUGACGUUUCCUCUCUCCUACCCCAUCAGCAAGCUGCUGGAUUUCAUCCUGGGCCAGGAGAUCGGCACCGUGUACAACCGGGAGAAGCUGGUGGAGAUGCUGAAGGUGACGGAGCCUUAUAAUGAUUUGGUGAGGGAGGAGCUCAAUAUGAUCCAAGGGGCCCUGGAGCUGCGCACCAAAACGGUGGAGGACGUGAUGACCCCGCUGCAGAACUGCUUCAUGAUCAGCAGCGACGCCAUCCUGGACUUCAACACCAUGUCUGAGAUCAUGGAGAGCGGCUUCACCCGCAUCCCUGUGUACGAGGAGGAGCGAUCCAACAUCAUGGACAUCCUCUACGUGAAAGACCUGGCCUUCGUCGACCCCGACGACUGCACGCCCCUCAAAACCAUCACCAAGUUCUACAACCACCCCGUCCACGUUGUUUUCCACGACACCAAGCUGGACGCCAUGCUGGAGGAGUUCAAGAAGGGGAAAUCGCACCUGGCCAUCGUGCAGAAGGUGAACAACGAGGGUGAGGGGGAUCCCUUCUACGAGGUGCUGGGGCUGGUGACGCUGGAGGACGUCAUCGAGGAGAUCAUCAAGUCGGAGAUCCUGGACGAGUCGGAUGCUUUUGCAGCCGAUGAAAACCGCAGCAAGAAGCGGACGGGCAACCAGAAGGGCAAGAGGGAUUUCUCAGCCUUCAAGGACCCCGUCAAUGAGCAGAAGGUGAAGGUUUCCCCGCAGCUGCUGCUGGCUGCUCACCGCUUCCUCUCCACGGAGGUGACGCUCUUCACACCCAACUUCAUCUCUGAGAAGAUCCUGCUGAGGCUGCUCAAGUAUUCCGACGUCAUCCAGGAGCUGAAGUUUGACGAGGAGAACAAGAAGUCCCCGCACCACUUCCUCUACACCAAGAACAAGGCUGCCGACUACUUCAUCCUCAUCCUGCAGGGCAAGGUGGAGGUGGAGGCUGGGAAGGAAUGCAUGAAGUUUGAAGCAGGAGCCUUCUCCUACUACGGGGUGAUGGCCAUCAGUCCACCUCCUGUAUCGGAGACCCGCUCCCCAUCCCACGUCAGCGGCCUCAACCGCUCGGCCUCGCUCAGCUGCCACGAACGCUCCGACUCCGUUUCAUCCCCGGUUGGUGGCAGCAACAACCAGCUCAGCGCCGUCGCCCCCUACGUGGCCGACUUCAGCGUCCGUGCGCUCACCGACCUGCAGUUCGUUAAGAUCACGCGGCAGGAAUACCAGAACGGUCUCACCACGUCACGCAUGGACAGUUGUCCCCAAUCUCCGGACAGCGGCGCUCCCAAAACCGAUCUGCAGGAGAAAACAGAGCCGGCAGAUGAAACCACCAGCCUGCUGAACGAGAGGAACUGCCUGGGCCGCCGCAGCACCCACGGCCCCAUCGAGAACUCCAUCUGAGCCGCCCGCGGGCCGGGGAUGCGCUGGGAGCCGCACACGGUUCCGAUGGGAGCGGCGGAGGAGGGACAGCCCGGCCCGGUGCUGCUGCUGCUCGGGGACGGCAGGACGCAGAGGCGGAGGGCCCCCCGUUGUGGCUGAAGCCUCCGCUCGGUGCAGCUCAGGGAGUUCAGGUCCCGCAGGCCGGGCCUCCUCCUGCCAAAACCAGGCCCAGGCCCACCGCCGCCAUCUUCUCCUUCCCUUUCCCUCCUCUUCCCCCCCCCACCCCGAGCCCCGCCAUGAAUGAUGGAAGCGAUGCAGAGGAGGGGGUGAUGAUGUGACUCAGGGAGUGCCGCAGCCCCGGGGUGGGGGCUCGGGGGGGCACACAGCUAGCGACCAAAGGACGGCGAGGGGGCAGCCCCUCCGUUGGGGGUUUCUUUGACCCCCCUCCCCCCCAUCACUGGUCCCCACCCCCACAAAGCACAAUCCCCCGGUGAUCACCGUUAAGUUAUUGGGAGAAGGGGAAUUAAUUGCGUUAAUCAUGUCGCGACGAUCAGGGCCUGGUUCUGCUGCGGGGAGACGCUAGGAAUAAUAAUAAUUAAUAAUAAUGAACCACGGUGAAAACCCUUUUUUUUAUUAAAUCUUCCUCUAUGCAAACCCAUUUCCCCCCUCCCCCCUCAACCCCCAGCUCAAGAAUCUGUAUUUAUUUUCGCAUCAGGUUUGAUUUGUAUAUUUGGGGAAGGGAUGCUGGGCCCUGCGCGGCCCCACGCCCCUCCCCUCCGGGUUGUGGAACGGAUUAUGGAACUUUAUUUUAUUUUUUGCCGGUUGGUUAAUAAAAUUCUCUAUCUUUG